AUGACUAGCCUGUUUAAUAAUAGCAUAGUAGCGCUAGCAUCUGCUUGGACUUGCGGAUUAGGUGGUAUCGUCGCCAAUUUAUACGUAAUGACCACCUGCAUAAGCAAUUAUCGGUAUAGAAUCAAAGAGGUAACAGCAGCAAUGCAAAUCAGUGAAGCAUCUCGUCUGAAUUUAAAUAUUACAAGCCCCUCUCGAGAUUAUCAAAACAAGAAACGGAUAAAAAUGGGUAAAGUGGCUAUACUAUUUUUCGUUAAUUUAAGUAUGGCUGAUAUGAUGUCGUCACUUUACUUAGUUAUAUUAGCAAUAGCUGAUGCAUGCGCCGAUAGCGAAACGAAGUCUUACUUGAUUUAUGCUAACGAAUCAAAGACAAUUUAUGUAAAUCGUAGUAUUGUAGGAGAACAGUUGAAAAUUUGGAAUCAUAGUUUUCUAUGUCAAUUCUUACGAUUUCUAACCAUAAGUGGAUCCACAAUUUCAGUUUGGAUGACAUUAAUGAUUGCAAUCGAUCGAUUUGUUUUGAUCGUAUAUCCAUUAAAAAUGAACUGGAAAUUUACUCUACGUCGUACAAUUUGGAUAUGUCGUCUUAUUUGGCUUUAUGGCUGUGGUUGUGGGUUAUUGGCUGUCAUCUUAGCCAAAUUAACUUCGCACAAGCGGACCAAUAGCUGGUACAGUCGACUAUGUAUUAUCGACAAUCUAGACAACGAUCUCGUUAUUGCAUUUGCCGCAUUUCUAUCUGUUAAUAGUUUGCUUAUUUACAUUGUUGUUUCUGUGUUACUGUUUAUUUCAUUAUAUCAUGUUCGAAAAUCUCCAGUGAGAAUUAAAUCUCAAGUUAAUAAUAGAACUAGAUCUUAUAUACGAAAAAUAGGAGCUGAAACAAGCCUUGUAAUCACAAGUAUAAUUGUUGUUACUAAUAUUUUUUGUUGGCUACCUACAACAGCGAUAUCGCUUCUUUACGCUCUUGGAGUAACGAAAAUUGGAAAAGUUAUGUUUGGUCCUUACGGAACCUGGAUAACAUUGCUAUUUCCCGUAAACGGUUUUCUUAAUCCGAUAGUUUUUAUCGUAUUAAUACAUUUACGUUACUUUAAGCGUAAAAAAAGUCUUUCAAUUCUAGUAAUAUCAAAAGCCGAUUAA